AUGCCAGAAGAGCAGCGACAGCGGAAGAUGCCGACUCUUAAGCUGCAGCUCGAUUACGUUUUGACGAAGAACAUACCUUUGUCAGAUAUCCGAAAAUCUAGCGCUGUCUGGAAUGUCGCAUUCGAUUUCGACCACCACCCACUUCUUCUCAGCUUGAUGAUACGGUUCCAGAAAAAGUAUCGGGGAGCUCAACAUCAGCCAACGCUCGACUUGGCAGCACCGAAGAAGAAGUUCGCCUUUGCAUCUGCGGGGACAGUAUCCACGCACAAUUCUGUAUGCUUUGCCCGCAAUACUGGUGACUUCAGCCAGGAGAAGCGUCUGAGAAGGAAGUUGCGUCGUCAGCUAAAACCCGAUCGUGAGAACGUGGCAACGUGGCAACUUUGCCCAUCUGGAGGGAGCAUUUUAACACUUUGCUGA